GCGAAGAGAGUGGAAAUGCUGUUCUCCAAUUGCUUGUUAGCAGCACCAAGCUGUCGGUUCUGCUCCUGCAACUGCGCCAGUUCGUCCCGCAGCCGCUUAUUCUCCUUCUCAACCUUCGUCUUGAUGUCCAGCGCCUCCUUCUUCUCUAAGGCGUUGGUGGACGUAUCCAAGUCCCCGUAUAAGUCUUCCAUGUUGGCCAAUCCGAAAAUAAGGCUUACAAAAUCCCAGUCAUUCGCCGUUUCGGAAAUAAUUUGCAAAAUUGACAAUUGUUACCAUGGACUCGAGAUGCAACAAGUUUUGGGAGGAUGGCCAGACGUUAGUGGCCGCGAUCUCUGGGUCGGUAAAGAUCGAGACGACGCAGGGCAAAAUCUUGAAGGAGCUGCGCACUAUGAGUCGCUUCCUGCAGCGCAAUCAGAGCCAGCGAUUCAGUGACGCGGCCCAGCAGAAACUUGUGGACUGCGUCGGCCAUUAUGUGGGGCUGGGCAAGCAGGGAGGAUCCAUGCUUCCUGUGGCUGAAGCCACGUUCCAGACGGUGAAAGACGGCCUCGCAAUGCCGUUUAAUGUGGUCGGCACCAAGCAGAAGAAGCGGUUGCUCAAAUGGUACAAUGAGCUCAUCGCAAUUGUUGGUGGAGAUCCAGAUGCAGCGAUUGCUAGCGAAGUUGUCGCUGAGCCGAAUAUCGAGUGGAGUGUCAUUGAUAUCGACGAAGACGGAUUUUUAUCGCUCAUGCAGGUGGAAACGGGCGAAACCAGCGAGAGUUUCAGAGUGAAGAAGAAGAGCGCAGAGCACAAACGGAUCAAGAAGGCAUUAGAGAACAGUGAGGUCACGGUUGUUACCAGUGGUGAUGAGAUUGAAGAAAUCCGAGUAGAAAAUGAAUAGAUGGAAAUGUUUCUAGCCUGCAUACUAGAUCAUAAUUAAGGGUGGCUAAAACGCAUUGAACGUUGACCCCGCUGCUCCGUUAAAAGGGACUGGCAGCAUCCGUCUUUUGACGACUCUCCGUCCAAGCUUUGGCAAUCGUACGCUUCAUCUCGU